AAAAAAUUGGGUUUUUUUUUUCUUUCUCUCUCGACUUCUCAAUUUCGAUGGAUCAUCUCCACCGCCUGUACAACCGUCGACGAUUUGUGUAUUUGCAGGAGUUAAAGUGAAGCCAUGAAAGUUUUUCACUCUCAAACAUGAAUUAGAAGAGUUCACCUUUCCAGGUUAAAAAAGUGAGGUGGACCAAAAAUACCACACAAUUUGAGUAGAGAUGUGCACAACAUGACAACACCAUCUUUGUCUCUUCUUUAGUCAAAGUCAACUCAAAUCCCACCGUGAUUCCCAUUACCCCCAAUUUUUUAAUUUAGUUUUCACUCCCCAAAAAAUAAAUAAACUUUCAAAACUCUCUCUCUCUCUCUCUUUCUCCCAAAACAUCUCUUUCAUUGUAUCCGUUAGAACAGUUCGUAACCCGCCGCUAAAUCAAAACUCAGAGGCCAGAGUCAGAGAUAGAUCCAAUCCAACGUGAAGUUGAAAAACGAUGUCGUUUAGGGAGAAGAUUCCGACGAGUCCUAAAUCGCCUCUGAGAAGAAGACGCUCGAGCUGGACCGGUCCAUGGCUAAACCAUCAGACGACGUCGUUCAAGCAAGCAGUCUCCGCCGUGAUUCAAGCCCAGUCACCGAGAUCCAGGUUCAAAUCCUCUGCUUCUGAAUUCUCCGACGUCGAUCGAACACUUUCCUUGUCAGAUUCCAUCAUCCUCAGGAUCCUCGAGAAGCUUCCUGAGUCUCAGAGCGAAGAUGUCUCGCUCGUGUGUAAACGGUGGUUGUAUCUUCAGGGACGGCGUUUAAAGACUAUGAAAGUUUCAAAUUGGGAUUUUCUCAUGUCUGGGAGGCUUACCUCGAGGUUUCCUAAGCUUACGAGUGUUGAUUUGGUUAACGCGUGUUUGAAUCCCUCGAGGAAUUCAGGGAUUUUGCUUUGUCACAAGUCGAUUUCGUUUCCUGUAUCUACUGAUUCGUUAUCUAAUUGGGAUUUUGUUGAGGAGAAUUUGUUGGAUUGUGAAAUGGUUGAUAGAGGGGUUAGGGUAUUAGGAAGAGGGAGCUGUGAUUUGCUUAAGCUUGUUGUGAUUAAUGCUACUGAAAUGGGAUUAUUGAGUUUAGCUGAGGAUUGUUCGGAUUUGCAGGAGUUAGAGUUGCAUAAGUGUAGUGAUAAUCUCUUGCGUGGUAUUGCUGCUUGUGAGAAUCUGAGAGCGUUGAGAUUGGUUGGGAUUGUAGAUGGAUUGUAUAGUUCGUCGGUUUCUGAUAUAGGUUUGACGAUUUUAGCACAAGGGUGUAAGAGGUUGGUGAAGCUGGAGCUUAGUGGUUGUGAAGGUAGCUUGGAUGGGGUUAAAGCGAUUGGGCAAUGUUGUGAAGUGCUUGAGGAAUUGAGUAUUUGUGACCAUAGAAUGGAUGAUGGUUGGAUAGCUGCGCUUUCGUAUUUCGAGAGUUUGAAGAGGUUGAGGAUUUCGUCUUGUAGAAAGAUAGAUUCUAGUCCUGGACCGGAGAAGUUGUUGGGAUCUUGUCCAGCUCUGGAGAGUUUGCAACUCACAAGGUGUUGUUUGAAUGAUAAGGAAGGGAUGAGAGCCUUGUUUAAGGUGUGUAAUGGAGUAACGAAGGUUAAUAUUCAGGAUUGUUGGGGAUUGGAUGAUGAUUCUUUCAGCUUGGCUAAAUCUUUCAGGAGGGUGAGGUUUCUUUCUUUGGAAGGAUGCUCAGUCCUAACAACAAGCGGUUUAGAGUCAGUAAUUCUACACUGGGAAGAACUUGAGAGCAUGAGAGUAGUGUCAUGCAAGAACAUAAAAGACAGCGAAAUAUCAGCCGCACUCUCGUCUUUGUUCUCCCUACUCAAAGAACUAACGUGGAGACCAGACACAAGGUCUCAUCUCUCAUCUAGCCUCGAAGGUGCCGGUAUCGGAAAGAGAGGCAGCAAAUUCUUCAAGAAGAGAUGAUGCUAUGUAAUGUAAGUUCUCGCAUCUCAUGUACCCUGAAAACUCUUUGAUAUAAAUCUUGGGGCAUCAAUCAUUAUUACUCUGUUGUAAAAUCUUAUGUAUUGCAAUGUUCUGUUGUUAUGUAUAAUAAAACUCAUUGUUGUCCAUAGUAUCAAUUUCAAUUUUAUAUAAUGACAUGGAAAAAAAAAAGAUUCAAGAAACAUUCUUUUUACAAGGUGGAAAAAAAUUGUUUUUAGGUUCUUCGAUCUCUAGAGAAAAAAAGUUUGAGAAAGUCAAAACAUUCAAAACAAAAGAACCUUGUUCGAGUUCGUCUCAGAUCUUGUAUAGUUUUCAUAGCUUCGUUGCUUCUGUAAGCUCGCAUGACCAUGUCCUGUUCCACUUCCUCUUCUCUAAACAAUAAAUCCGCCACGUCAUCUUCUCCGUAGAAGACAUCUCUCCUUCCUGCUUCAACUAAACUCUUCCGUUUACGUAACCCUUCAACACUCGCCUGAAAACAUGGCAGCGAUGCAGAAACACGUCUUUCCGCCGCCGGAGUUGACAUAGGUAAGUCAGAAUCUUUUCCGAUCAUCUUCUCCUUCUGAUUGAUGUGGUCCUUUGUAAUAUCCUAAAGAGAAUAAACGUAGGGCAGAGACUUGCGUACCUAAUUUCGUAGUUAUCGUUACUUAUAAGAAAAAAAGUUUUGUUAUUUUAAUAAGACUAGGUAUUUCUUUUAUAAAAAUAUAAAACGUGUUACGAUCUUUUAAAGAUUCUUUAAUGUUUUUCAUAUUUAUCCAAAAGAAAGAUAAAUUUAGCA